AUGGACAACUCCCCCACCGCCCUCCUCAACUCAUACGAGUCUGACUUCAAGCAGAUCAUCCACAGCAUCCGCGACAAGCUCGAGGGUGAUGCUAAGGAUGCUGGCCAGAGUGAGCAGCGCAAGGCUGCCCUUCGCAGAGUCGAGUUGGAGCUCGACGAGGCAGACGAGAUGUCCCUCCGCCCCUCGUACCAAUCCCGCAUUAAGGCCUCCAAAGCCGACCUCACUCGCUACAAGAAGCUCUCCAAGGACCUUCACGCCCAACUCUCCCGCGCCGGACUCCUCGCCCGACCCGACUUGCCCGGCACGCCCACGUCGGACGAGCCGUACGGCGCGACGAGUGACCGCACACGGCUACUUGCGGGGACCGAACUGCUGGAGGACGGGAGCAGGCGGCUGUUGGAGAGCCAGAGGAUCGCUCUCGGGACGGAGGAGCAGGGCGCGGACAUCCUCAGGAGUUUGCGUGGGCCAAGUCAGCAGAUUCAGAACGCGCGCGCGAUACGGUGUAUCCCACUGUCCUCAUCUGUCCUCCAGCGGGCAGAUACCUCUAUUGACCGCGCGUCGGGUACGCUCAAGAUGAUCCGACGGAUGUACCAGCAGCGCGUCGUCACCGCCGCCAUCAUCGUUGUCAUCGUCCUCCUUAUACUCGUCAUCCUGUUCUCCAAGCUUGUCUGCUGA